AUGCAAUUUGGUUUUACAUUAUUGGAUAUUGAUGGAGUGGACAAUAUUAAAGAUAUAAAAUUUCAAUUUCAAGAAUUUUCAACUAAUGAUGAAAAUAUUCGAUUUUCCGAAUUUUCAAGUAAUGAUAUAGCAAAUAGACCACCAAAAAAGUUUAUUGUGAAAAGAGUUCCAAAACAACUUCAUAAUAAUAAAAAUGAUAACGAUAAUGAUGUUAUUGAUGAUUUGGUAAAUCAAUUAAAAUGUGGAUUAUUGCUUCCAUCAAUAGAAUACGAUUCUUUCAGUACUACAGAUAAACUUGAAGAAUGUUUAAAUGAAAUUUCUCGUGAAAUAAAAGCUACCAAUACUAUUGAAUCUCGAUCUUCUCUUCAAAGGAAACAAAUGAGAAUGUGUAUCUUUUUUGGUCGCGAAGUAUUUACAAGAGUCAAUAAUGAAGAAUUUGAC